GGCUGGGCUGCCUCUGACCGAAGUCCUCGGCUCGUGACCGCGGCCCGAGCCCCCGCCCCUCUUUCGCCUCGCGGCCCAGCGGCCCCUCCGCUCGCUCCGCGCCGCGCGCCCGCGCCCACGGACAAUCCUCUCCUUGUCUGGGGCGCCGGCAUCUAGAGUUUUCUGUAACCUCCGGCUACGCCUUUUUUCCAGGGCGGAGCCGCCGCCCUGCUCCUCCUCGCAGGGAGCCGCGCCGCAGCCCGGGUCGCCUUCCCAGAGCCCCCGCUCCGCGGUGGGGAUCCAGGCGCGCACGGGAGCCCGGUGCGGGCCUGUGUGCGGUCUCGGCCCGCUCCCCGCCAUGGCCUCCUGGGGCCCCGGACUCCCGCUCCUGCUGCUCCCGCUGCUGCUCCUGCUGUCGCCGCCUCCUGCGACCUCGGCUUCCGACCGUCCCCGGGGCGGAAACCCUGUCAACCCAGAGAAGUUGCUGGUGAUCACCGUGGCCACAGCCGAGACGGAGGGGUACCGGCGUUUCCUGCGAUCAGCUGAGUUCUUCAACUAUACAGUGCGGACACUGGGCCUGGGAGAGAAGUGGCGAGGGGGUGAUGUGGCCAGAACAGUCGGUGGAGGACAGAAGGUCAGGUGGCUAAAGAAGGAAAUGGAGAAAUAUGCCGACCGGGAGGAUAUGGUCAUCAUGUUUGUGGACAGCUAUGAUGUGAUUUUGGCUGGCAGCCCCUCAGAACUGCUGAAGAAGUUCGUCCAGAGUGGCAGCCGCCUGCUGUUCUCUGCAGAGAGCUUCUGCUGGCCUGAGUGGGGGCUGGCAGAGCAGUACCCUGAGGUGGGCACGGGGAAGCGCUUCCUCAACUCUGGUGGAUUCAUUGGCUUUGCCCCCACCGUCCACCAGAUUGUCCGCCAGUGGAAGUACAAGGAUGACGAUGAUGAUCAGCUGUUCUACACUCGACUCUAUCUGGACCCAGGACUGAGGGAGAAAUUCAGCCUUAAUCUGGAUCAUAAAUCCCGGAUCUUUCAGAACCUCAACGGGGCUUUAGAUGAGGUGGUUUUAAAAUUUGAUCAAAAUCGUGUGCGUAUACGGAAUGUGGCCUACGACACGCUUCCUGUUGUGGUGCAUGGGAACGGUCCCACUAAGCUCCAGCUGAAUUACCUGGGAAACUAUGUCCCCAAUGGCUGGACUCCUGGGGGAGGCUGUGGAUUCUGUGACCAGGACCGGAGGACACUCCCAGCAGGGCAGCCUCUCCCCCGGGUGCUUCUGGCCGUGUUUGUGGAACAACCGACCCCGUUCCUGCCCCGCUUCCUGCAGAGGCUGAUGCUCCUGGACUAUCCCCCCGACAGGAUCACCCUCUUCUUGCAUAACAACGAGGUGUACCAUGAGCCCCACAUUGCCGACUCCUGGCCCCAGCUCCAGGACCACUUCUCAGCUGUGAAUCUGGUGGGGCCGGAGGAGGCCCUGACCCCAGGCGAGGCCAGGGACAUGGCCAUGGACAAGUGUCGGCAGGACCCUGAGUGUGAAUUCUACUUCAGUCUGGACGCUGAUGCCGUCAUCACCAACCAGCAGGUCCUGCGCAUCCUCAUUGAAGAAAACAGGAAGGUCAUAGCACCCAUGCUGUCCCGCCAUGGGAAGCUGUGGUCAAACUUCUGGGGCGCCCUGAGUCCCGACGAGUACUACGCACGCUCCGAGGACUACGUGGAGCUGGUGCAGCGGAAGCGAGUGGGCGUGUGGAAUGUGCCCUACAUUUCCCAGGCAUAUGUGAUCCGGGGGGAGACCUUAAGGACAGAGCUGCCUCAGAGGGAGGUGUUCUCUGGCAGUGACACUGACCCAGACAUGGCCUUCUGUAAGAGCCUGAGGGACAAGGUGAGCAUGGCAGCAGGACCCAGUGCUGGGGUGCCGGGAGGCAGCCACCUCGUGUCUCCUUCUCACACCCUCUCCCCACUCCAGGGCAUCUUCCUCCAUCUCAGCAAUCAACAUGAAUUUGGCCGCCUCCUGGCCACUUCCCGGUAUGACACAGACCACCUACACCCCGACCUCUGGCAGAUCUUUGACAACCCCCUGGACUGGAAGGAGCAGUAUAUUCACGAGAACUACAGCCGGGCUCUGGAAGGGGAGGGACUCGUGGAACAGCCAUGCCCGGAUGUGUACUGGUUCCCCCUGCUCUCAGACCAGAUGUGUGAUGAGCUGGUGGAGGAAAUGGAGCACUAUGGUCAGUGGUCAGGAGGCCGGCAUGAGGACUCAAGACUAGCUGGAGGCUACGAGAAUGUGCCCACCGUAGACAUCCACAUGAAGCAGGUGGGCUAUGAGGACCAGUGGCUGCAGCUGCUGAGGACAUACGUGGGGCCCAUGACCGAGAGCCUGUUCCCAGGCUACCACACCAAGACCCGGGCGGUGAUGAACUUUGUGGUCCGCUACCGGCCGGAUGAACAGCCUUCUCUGCGGCCACAUCAUGAUUCAUCCACCUUCACUCUCAACGUUGCUCUCAACCACAAGGACCUGGAUUAUGAGGGAGGUGGCUGCCGCUUCUUACGCUAUGACUGUGUGAUCUCAGCCCCACGGAAGGGCUGGGGGCUUCUGCACCCGGGCCGUCUCACCCACUACCAUGAGGGGCUGCCUACCACGAAGGGCACUCGCUACAUCAUGGUGUCCUUUGUCGACCCCUGACACUCAACCACUCUGCCAAACUCUCCUGCCGUUGUGCCUUCUUAUGCCCCACUCCUUGGAGAGGGUCUGUCUGGCUCUUCAUCUACUGAGUGUAUGUUCGGUGUGUCUGGGACUGGAUGUCUCACCUCGCUCCCCAACACACAGCCCUCUCAAGAAGCUCCUGGAGCCCCCUUGUCCCUCCCUUCAGCCCCCAAGAGUUCAUGGGAGAGAGCUUCUGGGGUUCCCCAUGUGAUAACUUAUUGUUUCUUAGCCUCACUCCCAAUAAAGGAGGAUUUGUAA